CACAAUUCCUCAACAAUUUGCUUCCUGCUGGCUGUGCAUUGCAGUGUGCAGUCUGCGAUUGCUAUAUUCUACCUCGUCCCCCCCAUAUCGAUCUCCACCAACCCUCCCACCUACCUCGACCCCUGGAUCCCCAACCACCAUCAUGGAACCGGUACCAGAGACAGAGAGGAUGGAAGAAUUCAGAGCUUCACCUGUCCCCACCCUUCGCCUGCUAGACACGCAAGACACGUCUAUGAAUGAGUGGGACAACAAGAAACCUCCUACGAUUCGAAGAUCGACAGAACCUACCCCUCAAUCCCCUCGAUCACCAGUCACCUCCUCUCCCGCCAUACCCUACCGACCACGAAACACAUCUCCAUACUCGCGAGGACACCUUCGAUCGAAGUCUUCUGCAAGUGCUCUUGCACCAGCAAUGUCCAGAGCUCAAUCCAUGCCUGGCUUCAAUACCUCUGGUCACCUUUCUGUAACUACACAAGUGCGCCCUGCAAGUCCUGUCCGCAGUCCUAUUCGUACACCAAGAAAGCCAGUCGAUGAGGUAUUCCCAGGUCUGCCAAUGAGAAGCUUGAGAGAUAUCAGUGAGACGGAAAGUCCUGCUGCAGACGACUAUACACCAAGAGCUACGGAACGAAGCAGUUCUCCCAUCUUGGGUUUACCCCCUUCGACGAGCAACUUCCCACGAACACGCCGUCCAUCUUCCCCUCUCCGCUAUCUCGUUGCACAGAAUUCAGCAGCUGGUAGUACCGCACCUUCCACUCCCUCCUCUGUUACUUCGUCUCCAUCCUACCAAUCUUCCAGAUUCAGUGAUACAUUCCUAGGAACGAGUGGCUACUCUGGCACGUACAGCUACCCGGGCUCCUUUGCAUCCUCCUCUGUACCUUCCACACCCACCUCCGCACGAUCACGAAGCCCCAGUAUUUCGAGCUUGGAGACCAUACCCGAUUCACCAGAUGCAGAGGAAGCUGCUUUGGAGGCGGAGAGGAUUGCACAAUUGAAGGCAGCUGCAGAUGCGGCAGACAGUGGUGAGGAGCACAAGACGAAGGGUAAUCUCGACGUUUCUGGUACUCGUGGAAGAAGCCUCGGAGCUGCGUUUGGACGAGACAAGAGAAAGCGUUGGUCUGUAUGUGGUGCAGAGCGUAGGGGUGAUCUUAACCUAGACACCAUUUGGGAAGAUGGAAGUUGAGAAAUCUUUGCAUCCGAGGAACACCAUGGACGGAGGAACAUAGUCUGCAUUCACAAUUUGUGAUGGCGUUCAGGUCAGCAUAAGGGAGGGAGGUUUUUUGUUUUUUUGAUUGCGCGCGACUUUGACAGCUUGUAGCACCAUCUGCAGGCACAGAACUCUAUUUUCGGGGAGGGUAACAG